AUGUACGGGAUCCCCGGUGAUACCGAAGAUAUGCUGGCAGUCUUCGACGCGUGUAUCCGAGUCGGCAAGCUAGACCGUGCCGCAUUGGUACUAAAGCGAUUCAAUGCCAUGGGUGUGCUUUCGGGCGAAGAGAGAAUUCUCCUCAACAACCAGUAUCUGCGAGCAUCGUUGCAGCAAAUGCGCUCAAGCCCCGACAGGAAGCAGGCCGAACAACUCCACAAGUGGUACGAACUCCAAAUCCGAAGCAAGAGACUACCGCAUACGGCCGAGACGAUCGCAUGCAUGCUCAAGGCAUCGCUGCUCUCCGAGCGUGGCUCAAGGCUGGAUCGGCUGGUAAAGCGCUACAUGGGUAUGGCUCCAGACGAGGCAGGCCUGCGGGUUCUGAGCAUGGCCGACAUUCUCAGCGACCAAGACCUUGCCGUUAUCACUGAGAUCUGCCCCACAUACAAUUUCGCCAUGGAAGCCGAGGAGUUUGAUGACGCAUUCGACUUCGAAGAUGAGGUCGAACUCGCCAUGGCCGACUCGGCUGCCAAAGAGGAGGAGGCGGUGGCCAAAGCUGUCCCGGACCUCGUGCCGACGCCUCAGCGUGGCGAAGGGCUGGCUACUCUGAAGAAAGGCCUGAGACUGCUCAUGGACCUCGAAGAAGUCGAUAUUUCCAAGCUGUCGUUGGCCGACCGCCAAGAGAUUCAGCUGCAGAUUGAACGCGACUCGAUCGGCUCUGCCAUCGCAAAGUGGCGGAUGGACAACAAGAACCUCCAGAGUAUGAACAUCAACACUGCACUGGGGCCAUCCUCCGCGCCGGGCUCGCUCUCGCAAGUCAUGGCAACCUGGCUGGAUUCCAUGGAGGCUCGCCUCAAAGAAGAGCUGGUGCUCAUCGACAUGUCGGAGAACAAGACCGCCAAGUCCGACCAAGAUCUCGAGCGAUGCCUAUAUGGGCCCUUGUUGCAGCAGGCGGACCCUGCAAGGCUCGCCGCCGUCACCAUUCUUUCUGUUCUGAACCUUGGGGCGAUGAACGGUGCCGAUAAAGGCAUCGUCGUCAGCAAGCUCAUCUCAAAUCUCUCGAAGCUUGUGCAGGAAGACAUUGAGUUGCAACAAAAAGAGCUAGCGAAAAAGUCCAGACGGCGGCGAAACGUUCGAUUCAACGGUCAGCCCUCGGCAGACACCACGGAGCUCGACCAAUCUGACAACAAGGCGACGACCCUGAUCACCGACUCGUCCAAGGCGGAGCAAUCUCUGGAGGAGACGACCCGAAAGCCGUGGUCUAUGCUCAUAAGAGCACAAGUCGGCUCAUUCCUUCUUAAGACCUUGAUUGAGACAGCCAAGAUCAAGGCCACAGCCGAAGACUCAGCGACCAAGGAACUCGUCAGCCAAGAUCUACCCGCCUUCCACCACUUCUUGCAGCCUCGCAAGGGAAAGAAGGUCGGUGUUCUGUUCCUGAACUCUCGGCUAGUCGACCAGCUGAAGCGAGAGCCCGUCGGCGACUUCAUUGCCAAGCACCUGCCCAUGAUCGUGGAGCCGAAGCCCUGGAAGCGCUUCAACGAAGGUGGGUUCCUCGACAGCAAAACAGCGCUCGUCAGAGUCAAGCCCGGCGAUGUUGAACAGCGACUGUACACCAAUGCCGCCAUCAAGUGCGGCGACAUGGACAAGGUAUUGAAGGGUCUGGAUAUCCUGGGCAAGACUCCGUGGAAAGUCAACAAGAACGUUCUGGGCGUCAUGAUGGAGGCUUGGAACUCUGGCGAAGAAAUCGCCAACAUGCCUCCCCUGAAUCCGAACCUCGAGCACCCACCCGAACCCGAAUCUGACGGCGAUCCGCUUGUUCGACGAAACUGGGUUCGCGCCGUCAAGGCCAUUGAAAACGAGAGGUCCGGAUUGCACUCCCAACGGUGCUUCAUGAAUCUCCAGCUCGAAAUCGCACGGGCGUUCAGGAACCAAACCAUCUACUUCCCUCACAACGUCGACUAUCGUGGACGCGCGUACCCCAUCCCGACAUACCUCAACCAUAUGGGCGCAGAUCACACACGUGCAAUCCUCAAGUUCGCCAAGGGCAAAGAGCUAGGUGAGAGGGGCCUCCGCUGGCUCAAGAUCCACCUCGCCAACCUGUAUGGACUCGACAAGUCCAGUUUCGACGAGCGAGAGGCAUUUGCCAACGACAAUGUUGCUAAUAUUGUCGACUCGGCCACAAACCCCCUCCAGGGCGGCCGUUGGUGGCUCAAGGCCGAAGAUCCCUGGCAAUGCCUCGCUGCCUGCUUCGAGCUGAAGGCUGCGCUUGAUCUUCCGGAUCCGACCAAGUAUGUUUCAGAGUUGCCUGUUCAUCAGGACGGUACCUGCAACGGUCUUCAGCACUAUGCAGCUCUGGGUGGUGACACUUGGGGCGCGAAGCAGGUCAACCUGGAGCCUGGUGAUCGACCUGCCGACGUCUAUUCAGCUGUGGCUGAUCUUGUCAAGCAAGCCAUCAACAAGGAUGCCGCCGCAAAGAAUCGGUUUGGCGAGAUCUUGCAGGGGAAGAUCACUCGCAAGGUCGUCAAGCAGACCGUCAUGACGAACGUGUACGGCGUCACUUUUGCUGGAGCGAAGAAGCAGGUCUGCAAGCAGAUCGACGCCCUCUACCCGAACCUCGGCAAGGAGUGUGGCAUCCCGAAUCUUCUGCUGUCCACCUACAUCGCGAGACACAUCUUCAAUGCGCUCGCGACCAUGUUCCGCGGCGCCCAUGACAUACAAUAUUGGCUGGGUGAGAUUGGUGGACGGGUUUGCCGGGCCCUGACUCCCUCACAAUUGCAGCAAAUUGCCGAUUCGUACGCAGAUGGUAGCGCGGACAACACGACUCGGGCAAAGACGGGCAGGAAGAGCUCGACAGCGGCCAAGUCGGGUUUUGAGGAGCUAGCACAACAGUUCCGCUCGACCGUCGUCUGGACGACACCCUUGCGUAUGCCCGUCGCGCAGCCCUACCGCAAGAGCAACACUCGGGAGAUCCGCACCUGCCUACAGGCAGUUGUCUAUCCGGUGAACGACCAGACCGACCCGGUUAACCGCAGGAAGCAACUACAGGGCUUUCCUCCCAACUUCAUUCACUCCCUCGACGCCAGCCACAUGUUGCUGUCGGCUUUGCAGUGCCAUGAGCUGGGCCUCAGCUUCGCGGCUGUUCACGACUCAUUCUGGACGCACGCCGCGGACAUUGACACCAUGAACGGCGUCAUCCGAGAUGCUUUCAUCAAAAUUCACGAGGAGGAUGUCGUUGGCCGCCUUGCAGCUGAAUUCGAGGCGCGCCACAAGGGCUCGCUGUAUCUCGCGCACAUUGACCCAUCAACCCCGGUGGCGAAGAAGAUCAAGGAACUUCGCAAGAACAGCAAGCUUUCUCCUAAGGAAGAGCUGCUCCUGGAACACAAGCGCAACUCGCUCCGCCUGUCAGGCAAUCCUUGGGAUCUCGAAGCCGCAAAGAAGAUCAUCACUCCCGCGUCAGUAUACGAAGAGAUGUCUGCCGCCGAGGUCGACGUCGGUAUUCAGGAGGACACCAAGGACAUUGGCCUUGGAGACAUCCCGGAAGGCGAGGAUGAAAUGUCGAUGGCAAAGGAGAUUCGCGAUGAGAUGAUGGAGGAGGAUGACGGCGAGGGUGACGCUGAAGGGUCCAGCGCCACCGAUGCCAUGGAGAUGUCGGAGCGGCUCAUGGACGACAUGAAGUCGACGUACUUCGAAACGCAGAUGACGGGCCAGAAGCGCAGCAGAGCCAAGGCCCGUCGCACCCCUGUGCCGGUCUGGUUACCCUUGACCAUUCCGGCAAUCCCCGAGAAGGGCGACUUUGAUGUAACGCGUCUGCGCGAGAGCAAGUACUUUUUCUCUUGA